CGGCUCGUUAUUUACGGUCUGCUCGGUAAAAUCAUGACUGUUGAAGAAAAUCCCAGUAUAUAAACAGAUUUAGGGCAUCUAAGGAGCAGCCGACCCUUUCUCUCUGGGAGCAAAAACCGUAGGACGCGAGAGCAGGGAGAAUCUCUGAAACGAUGGGGGCUUACAAAUACGUGUCGGAGCUUUGGAGGAAGAAGCAAUCGGAUGUGAUGCGGUUUUUACAGAGGGUUCGGUGCUGGGAAUACCGCCAGCUCCCGUCGAUCGUGCGUGUCACGCAUCCCACCCGCCCCGAUAAAGCUCGACGGCUGGGAUACAAGGCGAAGCAGGGAUAUGUGAUUUAUCGUGUCCGUGUCAGGCGUGGUGGCCGCAAGAGACCCGUCCCCAAGGGUAUUGUGUAUGGUAAGCCCAAAAACCAGGGUAUCACCCAGCUGAAGUUUCAGCGGAAUAAGAGAUCAGUGGCGGAGGAACGGGCUGGCCGUAAAUUGGGAGGUCUGAAGGUUCUCAACUCCUAUUGGCUAAACGAGGAUUCGACCUACAAGUAUUAUGAGAUAAUCCUGGUUGAUGCUGCCCACAAUGCUGUCCGCAACGAUCCAAGGAUUAACUGGAUCUGCAAUCCUGUCCACAAGCACAGGGAGCUCCGGGGCCUUACUUCAGCUGGGAAGAAGUACAGGGGCCUGCGUGGAAAAGGCCACUUGCACCACAAGGCACGUCCAUCCCGGAGGGCCACCUGGAAGAGAAACAACACCCUGUCACUCCGUCGCUACCGUUGAUGUGGGUGAUGUUUAUGUGCUUUCUUUUUUAGUAGUCUUGGUUUUUUGGAGGUGCGGAACAAAUUGCCAUGUUGGGCUAGUACCAGUACUAGUGUGUUUGGAUCGGAUAUGGGACUUAGGGUUUUGAUUUUGUCAUUUUUGAAUUUUAUUAGCUUCUUUUGCAGUUCUCUUGAACACAAAGCAGCUUUAAUUAGCAUUGAAACAUUGUUUGAAACACUUUUUUACAA